CUCACAUAUACAUAUUUUGUAACUCACACACACAUCAAAUAUUUUGGUGCCUAUUUCACUCACAUAUAUAUCACUAAUGGCCAAUGUUGAUUUUCUUGAAAAUUCCAUUACUACCCCUACCUCCAAUACUCUAAAGCUCUUUGGCAUUACCAUUCAAGAAGAAGCUUGUUUGAUAAAUCAAUCUCUACCACUAAUAUCAUCACAAUCAGAAUCAUCUGAGCCUUUGAAUGAGAGAAAAUUAUAUGAGUGCCAAUAUUGUUGUAGAGAAUUUGCAAAUUCGCAGGCAUUAGGAGGACACCAAAACGCGCACAAGAAAGAAAGACAACUUUUGAAACGUGCUCAAAUGCAAGCUGCUCGUCGGUUUGUUCCUUCGCAUUUUCAUAACACAUUCAGGUCGCAGCCGCUGCCGCAACAUCAUUUCCUUGCUGGUGGUGUACCAUCUCAGGUACCUUCAUCAUCGUGGCUAUACACGACGCAUGCCACAGGUUCAGGAGCUUUUUUAGCUCCGGUAGCUGCGUUUGAUGGGAGCACUCAUUACCAUAGUUCUAAAUUUCAUGGAUUCAACGGUGGUGAUUGUAGUGAACAAGGGUUCGGUUUAAAUUUGCAUCUUGGCCUAUGAAAUGUGAAACUGCCCACUUUGAGUUGUAUGCGAAUGUAUAAAUUUUAAUAUUGAAGUGGUUAUU